AUGACGGAAAAAAUCACAUCGCAGGAUGAAGCUGACUCAAUGACCCCAUUCCUGGUAUUUUUUGGGGUAGGGUUUCUGUUUGGUCUUUUCCUGGCCUAUCUACAUAUUCGAACUGUGAGGUCCAUGGUCGUCGAACGACUUUCACAUAUUCCUAAAGCGAAGAAAGUAAAAGUAAAGAAAGGCAAGAAGAAGAAGGGAAAGAAGAAGAAGUGA